AUGAGAUUCUUAAUUCUGGGCGCCGGAUCUUCGCGAGCAUCUGCCGAAGAUUCCUCCAAGCCGGACACAACGGCGAUGAGCGUAUCUUGGACCCGCACGGUACCAGUGGUGGCACUACUCUGCCUCGCAGGCCUCUUCGGGCUGCUGCACAUGCGGCCUUCGAUGUUGCCGAUGACUGACUCAGUCCAAGGUCAGGAGGUUGCAGGAGCCGCUGCCUUGAAGGAGGUCAGUACACUUCGCGAAGCAGUUUUUCGAGGACAGGAUGAUGUCCUCAAGGCGGUCGACAUGCUGAAACAGGAGUUGGUGCUCCUUCGCCAGUCCAGGUCCGGCGGUGAUUACCCAGCCGCCGGCACUGUCACUUCAUCGCCGUCCACUGUGCCGCCUGGAAAAAUUCAAAGCGCCGCUGUCGCCGACUGGCUGCUGGCUCCCGCCCCUGCCGAAGCAGCGCCGCUGCAGAAUCCACGCACAGAGGACGCACCACCUCCGUCCACAGUGUCUGGAGAUCAGCCAAAGGGCCAGAAUGGGUUGCGGUGGGACAGCAGUGUACUGAAGCGGCAGGAGAGCAUGGCAGAAAGCCAAUACUGGUAUCAGAGGAGGGAGAAGAAUGUGCGUCCCAAUGCGGCCUUUAGCCAUUACAUGGCGAACUGGCCUUGCAUAUGGGGCGAGGAGUACGUCGGCAUCGGUGCUGGAGACGGCAACAAGUGGAUGUGCGGCGCUCGGCUUAUACAAAAGCCCUGUGUCGUCUACUCCUUCGGCUCCAACAGGAACAUUCAGUUCGAGAAAGGCAUCCACAACUUGGGUGUGAACUGCGAAGUUCACAUCUACGACCCGACAUCAUCUGCGCCGCAUGAAGCGAUACAGCUAGGUUUUAAAUACCACCGCACUGGCCUCGGAGGCACUGAUGGCUGGCAGAAUGGGCUCCCUGUCAAAACUCUGGCCACGCUCAUGAGAGAAAACGGUCACAGCCAUCUGGAUGUCCUGAAGGUGGACAUCGAACGCGCGGAGCAUGCAGCUGUCAAACAGAUCGCAAGUGAUGGUUGGCCGUCUGUGGGUCAGUUUUUGGUCGAGGUCCACAUAGACAGCGAUGCCCCGCAAGCGAGACGAGCUCAGAUUGGUGUUGCGAGAGUCAGAUCAGAUGCGACAUCAUGCUGGGACAACCUCGAGAUUCCAAUUAAAGGAGAACCUGUGGUCAAGCCACUAAGGUAG